AUGAAGACGUGGUUCUUGUUUGUUCUCUUAAUAGUAGUGGCCAAGGCUGGAGUGCCACAGCCAACUGAACUGUUGAAAUAUUUGUUCGAUUCUGAUCCAAAAUUGUUACUGAAACCCAAACUGACGACAGCUGAUCGCAUUGCUGCCCAUGGCUAUCCGGUUGAGAGUCAUCACAUUAUCACCGAAGAUGGUUACAAUAUUACCGCCUUCCGCAUGCCCUACUCCCAUAAAUUGCAAAAUCAAAAAGAUUUCCGUCCCAUUGUUUUGCUACUGCAUGGUCUCUUUUGUAGUUCCGAUUUUUGGAUCUUGAAUGGACCCAAUGACGCCCUGUCUUUCAAUCUCGUCGAUGCUGGCUAUGAUGUUUGGAUACUUAACUCCCGUGGCAAUACCUAUGGCCGUAAACAUAUCUCCCGCUCCACUAAUCAUCCCUACUUUUGGCGUUUCAGUUGGCAUGAAAUUGGUUUCUAUGACAUUGCAGCUCAAAUUGAUUAUGCCUUGGCCACAAAUGGCCAGGGCCAGAAGUCAGUGCAUUUUGUGGCCCAUUCUCAAGGCACAUCGGCAUUCUUUGUAUUGACCUCAGCUCGACCGGAAUAUAAUGAAAAGAUCAAAACUGCUCACACCAUGGCUCCUAUUGCCUAUGUCAGCAAUAUGUCGGAUAAAAUGUUGACGAGAAUGGCUCCAGUGUUGGGUCAUCAAAAUGCCGUUACAGCGGCCUUUAGUGAUCAGGAAUUUUUGCCACACAAUGAAUUCUUUACGAAAUUGGGUUACAAUGCCUGCAAUCCAAAUUCCAUGCUGCAUAGCAUGUGCAGUGCGAUGGCUUUUAUGUUCGAGGGCAGUGAAUCAAAUGCUAAUAGGUCCGCUGUAACAAUCAUGGCCGAAACCCAUCCCGCCGGUCUGUCGACCAAUCAAAUGUUACACACAAUGCAAGAACAUCAAUCCGGUCGUUUCUGUUGGUAUGAUCAUGGCAAGGCGAAAAACCUAAAAUUAUAUAGCCAAGAAACUCCCCCAGACUAUAUAGUGGAACAAAUUACGGCCAACGUUCAUUUGUGGUAUUGUGAUACAGAUCCAGCUGUGGCCGUGGAGGAUGUUGAAAUUUUAGCUAGCAAAUUGCCGAAUAGGGUCAAGCAUCAUAUUACCGACCCCACUUGGGCCCAUAGUGACUAUGUCACACACAUCGAUGUGAAGAGAUUGAUAAAUGAACCGAUUAUUGAGAUAAUGAAUCAAUAUGAAGAGGCUUUGUGA